CUCCCUCACCUCCCUCUCUCCCUCACCUCCCUCCCGCCGGGAAAUUCUCACCCGUCCGCGGAGUCAACGGCCCCAAGGAUGGACAUCGUGUCGACGCUGGGCUUGAGCAACUUCGUCGUGCAGUUCUCGCGGAUUUCCCUGUAUCCUUUCUUCGACAUGGCCCAUUACACGAUGUCCAUCAUGAACCUGAAGAACCAGCCAGGCGCGAUAGAUGUAGCACAUGACAGUCCAAUUGCAUGUUGGUUCAGUGGUAUGCUUUGCUGCUUUGGUGGUGCUAUUCUGGCAUCUCUGCUUCUAGGUGAACCUCCCAUUGAACCCUUCACAAACAACAGAAAUAUAAUACUGGCUUCUGUAAUUUGGUAUUUGAUAUUCUACUGUCCAUUUGACAAGUUCUACAAAUGCUGCAACUUUUUGCCAUCCAAAUUAUUUAUAGCUGGUAUGAAAGAAGUAACAAGAGCCCGCAAAAUUGUCGCAGGUGUAGUUGAUGCACACAGUCGUUACAGAAAUGGGUGGCUUGCUGUAAUUGCUGUUGGAUGGGCUAAAGGUGCUGGUUCUGGGUUGAUAUCCAACUUUGAACAAUUGGUGCGUGGUGUAUGGAUGCCUGAGAGAAAUGAGUUGCUGAAAAUGUCCUAUGCAACAAAAGUAACUCUUAUAGGUGCUGUUCUCUUUACUUUGCAAGAGAUGAAUCAUCUGCCUAUUACCAGACACAACCUGAUCUUUUUGUACACUAUGUUUGUAGUUUCAACAAAGGUUGCAAUGGUGCUCUUUAACAUUCAUCAUUCACCUUUUGCACCAAUGGAAAGUGCCUUGUACCAUAUGGCUUUUAGCUGGCAAUCCAGUUCCUCUGAAGACCAUUUUAAGACGGAAGCUUCCAAUAAAGAAGAAUUACAGGGGAAACAAUGCCCUGCUCCCUCAGGUAUCCCUUCUGAAGAAAUGGAUAUGAUAAAAAGGAGGAAGACAAAGAAGUCGGAAUAAGAAACUCUUCAUCUUGAGAAUCCAGAAUAUUUCUUUUCAGUUGGACCUUUCUUCCAUUGAAAUCCUUUUAUGUGAAGUUUGAAAUUAAGAAACCAUUUUAAUAGCAAAAGCAUUAAUAAGUGGCAUAAUUAUAGUGACCUACAAAAUAAAAUGUACGUGGGGAUAAAUGAUGGGUACCAUAGAAUUUAAGUAGAAGGCUAUUUCAAGAAAAUAGACUAAAUAAGUUAUUGGAAUAAGGUUGAUUCUUAUUAGAGUUUAAGGGGUUGAAAUAGGAAGUAUAUCAGAAGCCUGUGAACAAUUUUCAAGUGUCCUUUAUUUAAUGCAAAAAUAAAUAUUGCUGCAAUUUUGUGUUUAUAUCAAGAUUAAAUAUUGUUUAAAUAUUGAAAUGAAUUUAUGGAAAAUUUAUAUGUGAGGAAAUAUUCCACUUUUUAAAUUCCACAACUGCUAGUAAAUAUCAAAAUUAUACAUUCCACAAAAAGCAAUACUGUAAGAUCAAUCACUAAAUGAUGGAAAAAAAAGUUUUUAAACUCUGGAAAGUAAAAUUUCAACAGUCUAGCUUUUAUAGUCGAUGAUCUGAAUAACAGCUCUGUUAUAGUUGCAUUUUGGCAGACUCAGUCAGAUGUUUAUGAAUACACCUUUAAUGUUACUUUUUGUAUUGCUUGAGACUAUUUUACAAAAUAUCAUCUAAUGAUUUUUGGCAGGGUAAAUGAUGUUGGUGAAUAUAUAAUUCAAACAAGUAGAUUACAUUUUCAAAUAUUAUUUCAAUUUGCACCUGUGGAUUUAAACUUUGUCAUGCUGUUUCUCCUCGCGGUGGUAUGUUCAUUGCAUUCAAAAGAAACUGCCAACCAUUGUGCUCCAGUUUGUAAUCCCCUCAAUUUAAUUGACAGAAAACAAAAUUAAAUUAGUACAAGUUAUAUGGCAUAGCCAGAAUGUUGAGAUUUUCACUUGUACUUUUUCGAAGAUAGAGGAUAAACCUUUGUUUUUGAGAACUAUAAACUUGGGAUUUGCUUACACAACUGAAAUGUUCUCUGUACAAUGAAAUAGUUUUGUUUGUAUGCAAAGUGAAUUUGUCCUCUUUUAUUGACCAUUGUUAAUUAACCAUGUUUAUAUCACCUAAGCACAUUUUUGAUGGUGCAAUUCUAGUUUGCAUUUUUUUUUAAAGGUAACAAUUUGUAAACCAUUUUUUUAAACCAGUCUUUACAGAACACAAUGACAGCUAUAUGAGGUAUAAACAUUACCUUACAGUAUAUUUCUGUACAAUAUUAUCUGGAACUUGUCUAGAAUCCUAUGAUGUGAAAGAGGAUCUUGGUGUUGAUGUGUAAAAACUGCAGAUGCUGGAAAUCUGAAAUAAAAACAGCAAAUUGUGGAAUUACUCAGCAUGAUAGGCAGUAAGUAUGGAGGGAGGAGCAGAGCUAGUAUUUCAAGCUGAUACCUUUUCACCAGAACAGAUGAAAGAUAUGGGUACAGAUGAUCUGAUAUGUUAAUUUUGUUUUUUACCUCCACAAUGUUGCCUGUCAUACUGAGCAUAUCAAGCAUUCUGUUUUAUAUCUGAAUUUAUUCUCUUGACGUGAUUAUAAUUUCCAAUGUGAAGUCUACAAAGUGUACGAUUGGGCUUAAAUGUGUCAUAAAUAUUUUUAUUGGGACCAUCCUUGCCUUAACUAAACAAGAUAAUGAGUGUGUGAUGAAUUUGAGCAUAUUGACACUCAUUGGUGUUUGAGCACACUAUCAGCAUUGUACAGAAUUGAUCACUUUUAUAAUUUCUGGAUAAAUGGUGAUUUGAAAUGUAAAAACCUUUUGUGCAGAAUUUUAUAAUGUGUACUUUGACUGAAUUUAUGAAUAAAUUGGGUUUUUUCUCAA